GUUGCAAGAAAAUGCCAGAGUAGAGCCUUUUAUAUUCCACUUGUUAUAUAAACUCUAAUAUAAACCAAAUUAAACCUCAAACUUGACUAUUUUCACUCCUGGGUCUCGUUAUAACAUCCAGCAAGUGAUGAAUUCUAUCGCCGGAGAUAAUAAUGAAAAGCAUUGCAUUAACUCAGAGCUUUACAAAGCUCUGAUGAUUGUAGAAGAUGAAGAGAAGGUGAUAGAAUUAUGCAGGAAAAUCCCUGAUCAUGCGUUGCACAUAUUAACAAUACAUGACGACACCGUUUUACACAUGGCUACUUAUUCAGAGAAAGAACGUUUAGUGCUGAGGCUGCUUGAUGAGUUGCCUGAUUGCUAUCUUGACAAAAUGACCCGUCAAAAUAAUGCGGGAAACACUAUUCUUCAUAACACUCAUGCUUUCUGUGUGGCUGAUAAAGUGUUGAAGAAGGCGCCGGGGUUGCUGGGCAUGCGCAACAACAAUGGAGAGACUGCACUGUUCCGGGCUGCAAGGUAUGGCACGACUGAUAUAUUCAACUUUCUUGCUGGUAAAGUAUCGGGUUAUGAUCAAACUACUAAGCACCCGUUUCUUCAGAGAAAUGAUAAAACCAAUGUUCUUCACAUUGCCAUUCUUUCUCAGCACUUCGAAUUGGCCCUGCAAAUUGCGAAAGGAUAUAAGUCCUUAAUUGUUGAACAAGAUGUGGACGGAAUGACUCCUCUUCAGCUUCUCUCAUGCAAGCCUGAAGCUUUUAAACGCAAACACGAAGAAAGUUUUCUUAAGAAACUUAGCAAGUGCUUUAAAUGGACUUGUCGUUCGACGCGGAGAGAAUUAAAGGAAAAGGAGGAGCGACAAUAUGAAUCAGCUAUGGAGCUCGCCAAGUUUCUGAUUAGAAAAGAUACCACGUGGGAGCAUUCUCAUCCUAACCAAGACGAGAGUAGGCCUAAAAUUCACAGAUAUGGGAUCUCUCCAACUCUGUUAGCCGCUGAGAAGGGAAGCAGAGAAGCGGCCGGAGCCGGAGGAGGAGACAGUGCGGAGACUCCUUUGUUUUUAGCAACCAAGUCAGGAUGUAUCGAGAUUGUUAGAGAAAUACUGAAUACAUACCCGCAAGCAAUCGAGCAUAUCGAUGAUGAAGGACGAAAUAUACUGCAUGUAGCCAUCAAGCAUCGGCAGUUAGAGAUAUUUGAGCUGGUAAGCAAAAUGGAAGGACCGAUAAGGAGGCUAGUUCGAAAGAUUGACAACAAUGGCAACACUAUAUUGCACAUGACGGGGAUUAAAAGAACAGAUUAUGUGCCUGAAAAGAUGGAAGGGCCUGCAUUUGUUUUGCAGAGGAAUUGCUUUGGUAUGAGAGGGUUCAAGAAGUGGCGAUAUCCCAUUUUAUGAAUCACCGGAAUAAAAUGGGGUUGACUGCCGAGGGAUUAUUUGCUAUUGCAAACAGUGAACUUCGCAAUUCAUCCAAAGAAUGGUUAAAGCAGACAGCUGAAGG